CGCUAGCAAAAACUCACUUACCACGGAAGGAAAGGAAAACACUGAAAAUGAGGCUUGGGACGCAACCAGAGAUAACAUUUUCACAUGACUCGCUAUUCUCCUGGUUUAGGUAUAAUUUUGGGCGGACCUGUACAACAGGUGACAAGAGCAGGCACAGUUGUGUUGGGUGCCUUUCUUUUUAAGGGGGUCGAAAGAGAUGGAGAAUGAAAAGAUAACUGUGGUGGUGACUGGAUUUGGCCCUUUUGGAGAACACACUGUGAAUGCAAGUUGGGUUGCAGUUCAGGAAAUGGAAAAGUUGGGCUUGGGAGAAGAGGUAGAUUUGAAUAUUUACGAAAUUCCAGUUGAAUAUCAGACUGUUCAAAGACUGAUCCCAGCACUGCGGAAAAAACACAAGCCAAAGGUUACUGUUCAUGUAGGAGUGUCUGGCAUGGCUACAGCUGUAACACUAGAGAAAUGUGGUCACAACACAGGCUACCAGGGCCUUGAUAAUUGUAAAUUCUGCCCUGGCACGCAGUGCUGUGUGGAAGGAGGGCCAGAAUGCUUGCACUCCAUUAUCGACAUAGAUACAGUCUGCAAGAGAGCUGCUGAAGCUGGUCUGGAUGUUCAAUUCACUGUGUCUACUGAUGCUGGCAGAUACCUCUGUGAUUUCACUUACUACACCUCCUUAUACCAGAGCUGUGGCAGAUCAGUGUUUAUCCAUGUACCCCCUCUAGGGAAACCCUACACGGCAGAACAGCUGGGCCAGGCUAUUCAAACCAUCAUCAAGGUGAUUCUUGACAUGCUAGAGCAAUCUGAAGACCAUCUCAAUUGUGGCCACAGUUAUAACUGACCAGGAAGAUAUCCCUUGCUGCAAUACAACUGAUUGACUAUACUGCAGAUUUCUAAGUGCACUCUAUGCAAAGGAAACCCUUUGGUCACCUAACAGGAAAUAUAAUCAUUGGCGCUUAUUUAUACUAUGUCCAAUUUAAAAUUAUUCCUUGAUUUA